UCCAUCUUCCCCAUCCCAUCUCGAUUCACAUCCCGUCGUCCGACCAAGAAGUUUUAGCCACCUCUUUAUUCAGAGCCCUCGGCGAUGGCGCGUACGAAGCAGACGGCCCGGAAGUCCACCGGCGGGAAGGCCCCGCGGAAGCAGCUGGCGACGAAGGCGGCGCGGAAGUCGGCCCCGGCGACUGGCGGCGUGAAGAAGCCACAUCGCUUCCGCCCCGGGACGGUCGCUCUGCGGGAGAUCCGAAAGUACCAGAAGAGCACGGAGCUACUCAUCCGGAAGCUGCCAUUCCAGCGUCUGGUCCGUGAGAUCGCCCAGGACUUCAAGACCGACCUGCGCUUCCAGAGCUCUGCGGUGGCGGCGCUGCAGGAGGCCGCCGAGGCAUAUCUCGUGGGUCUCUUCGAGGAUACCAAUCUCUGCGCCAUCCACGCCAAGCGGGUGACUAUCAUGCCCAAGGAUAUCCAGCUCGCCCGCCGCAUCCGGGGCGAACGGGCCUGAUAGUCCCAGUGGCGCUUCUCUUCUUUCUUUUAUUUAGGGUCUAGAUCUAAGAGUCGAUGGUGAUGUGAUGUGGGGGUAGAAACGAGGUCGGUGGUAUGUAUGGUAUGUUGUGCAUGUUAAUCGAAUGGGUUUAUGCUUCUUUGACCAGUA